CAUCGAAUGCAUCAUCUGUGUACAGCUUAGGUGCGAGCGGUUACUGCGCCUGGCUACCGAUAUUCAUUCUUCCAUACCUGUAGGGGGCGGUGUGUGAAAGCGUGUGUGUGUGUGUGUGUGUGUGUGUGUGUGUGUGUGAACUGAAUGUGUCCGCGUAUGUGGCAUUGUGCAGACCGCACUGUCGGGUCUUACGUCUGAGAAUUCUACACGGCUUUGCGUGGAGGAUCUGGCGCUCGUAGCCACGCCCCCUCGUGCGAGAAAUGAAAACGAUGAAAGGGAACUCGUUUUAAUACACCGUUAUCUGUUUGUUUGUUAGUUUGUUUUAAAGUGGCAGAAGCAUGGCUGCUGAACAGACGGAGCAGUGUGCCUUAACAUGAGCUCAGGCCCUGUCCUAAUCCACCUCACCGUAUCUGGCUCCCUUCCUAGGCUCCCUCCUCCGAAUCUUCCUGUCCGUUUCCUGUAGGUUUUCUCCUGACGAGAUAAACACUCCUGUACUUAUUGGCUCACGUUAGCAAAAUAUAUUAAUAAAAAUCCUCCUAUAUGUGUAUCGAUAAUCAGGUGCAUAGUAAUACAUUGUGAUAUUUACUAGGGAUGCAUCCAUACCAUACCCCCCCCCCCCCCCCCAACGUCCUGGAAUUACAGCGCUGGGAAUUCCGGAGUUUUUGAUUAGGGAAUUAUGAGCUGCAGUUCACUUCCAAAUGGACGCAGCAUAACCCUGCUUUCACACUAGCCAUCAACGAGUCAUGGCAUAUGUGGGUGUGGCCUGUCCAGCGUAUUAUUUAAAAACUAGUAUCUCUCUCAUAUAUAUAUAUAUAAAUCUACACACACACACACCACUUCUAAAGCUGAUUCAGUAAAUCAGAUCGGUGUGUGAUUACCGUGUUGCGCGCUCGGCUUCAUACUAGCUACGUUCUCAGACUAGUUUAGCAAAGCGCUCACUCACCAGGGGCACCAACGACCUCUGCUGAGCUUUAUUCUUUUUCCUAACGUCUCUGUACACGUUUGUCGAGAGCUUGAAUACGAAAGGAGGAGACGCUCGUUUUAUCGUGGGAUCGCAGGUAGGAACUGCAACGUCGGAAAAGUCGCUCGCUAGUGUGAAGGCAGGGUUACACUCCCUGGUUUGACUGAGACUCAUGGUCGCUUAUUUCUCUCUGUGAGUGCGUGUGAGAGUGCGUGUGAGAGUGCGUGUGAGAGUGCGUGAGAGAGUGCGUGUGCACGUACGUGACGGCUUGCUGUAGCACGAGUCACUGUUGAACUGAUACAAAGGGAAGAUGAAGAUCUGUCAUGCUAACGCUAAGCAGGAGGUUGGAUCUGAUGCGGAUUUUAGAUUUACACUCCAGAGUUUAAGAUCAGAUCUGGAUGAAGUUUAUGAAUUAAAGUUUAAGGUGAACUUUAUAUUGGAUAAGUAAAAAAAAAAAGAAAAUGUGGUUUAUCAUGCACUCUGCUGUCUCAACUGUUGUGUUUUUAAUUUUAUUCUUAAUUAUUUUAUUUUUUUUGCAUUUAUUUAUUUUGCACAACACUGAUUUUGUUUUUAAUUGUCAUGGAGUGACUGGCUUUAAUUAUGUUUCCUGGUUUAUUUUUUGUUCUUGGCGUGUGUGCGUGUGUGUAAGUGUGUGUGAGGGUCGGUCCUAUGAAAGCAGAGUGUCGUCAUCGUGCGACUUUGCCGAGGCCGCUCCUGACUUUACAUCACGGUUGACAAUAUUUUUGUUUAAAUUCCGAUUCACAGUAUAAGGGGCGGAGCCUGAUCAGUUCCCGAGUGCUGAAGAAGCGUAAUAAUCGUUCGGAUAUCAGUCCACGCGUCUCUGUUCAGUUUUUCAUUUGUCCAGGGAUCCAGACACGACGCUCGGAACGAGGAGUCCGAUUGUAGUUCCAUGUUCUGGCCUGCAGGAGGCAGCGUGUCGUCACCUGACCAAAAUCUAGUCUCCAUUAGUUUUUUUUUGCUCUACUUUGUAAGGACCUCUAUGCAUCAUAAUAGAAAAUGGCAUAAUUCCGACUCCCGAGGUCCAAUCCAGCAUUUAAAGCAGCCGUGUCUCACCGUAACAUCGUUUAAUCCUGCACAUUCGCACCGUUUACGAUCUUUCUCGUACUCGUGGGAAAGACGUAGCGCGCAGCGUCGUUCUCAAUUUCACAAGAAACAAAUCUAGCCCCGCUGUAAUUCUGUGACGGUAGAACUGUGGAUGGAUUUAAACUCUGGUUAACGUGAAGUGUUUGAUCCUGCUGAACACACACGCUUCGGAAGCGGGGAAAAAAUCAACGGUUCCUCAGCGAUCACGCAACGUUUAUUUUCAUCAACACAGUAUUGUGGUGUUAUUCCCACCGGAACACGGAAAUCUUUCGUUCUUGCUCUUUUCCUCGUUCCCGUUUCUGUAAAUUCUGGUUUUAUUCACGUGAGGCCGGAGGCUAGCGGACCCACGUGCGCUCACAGAAGUAUAAAUCAGGCCUGAGGCACAGACCGGCAGCUUCGUUUCGUUCGAUCUUGAACCGUUCCUUCGUUCUCUCGAUAAAAGCGUUUUGAAAAUGUUUGGCGUUACGGCGUGGUGUGUGAACGCUGCUGUGAUACUGUAUUCAUGGAUCUUUCUUUGAUUUUGGGGGGGUUUUUUAGUGUGUGUUGUUUUUUUGUUUCAUUUUCCAAAGUGAUGAGGGACCAAGCAGGCUCACAGACAGAGUUCAACUUUUUGGGGGUUUUUUUAGGGGGAGGGGGUGAGGGGGUGAGGGGGUGGGGUUUGAUGCAUGUUAACAGAAGGUGGAGGUUGACAAAAGUUAUUUUUGGGUCCAAGAAAAAUAAAAACAAGUAAAAAUGCUACCCUGGAAUCAAGCAUGUGGUCACAGAGACCUGGUGUGAACCAUCAGCUCGGCGAUCGGCGUCGUUCUCCUGACCACCUUCUCCAUGUUUCUCAAUCCGCUGCUCAGGAACAACGCUUUAGUUUCAGAAAAAGGGAAAAAAGUGUGUGGGGUUUGUGGGUUGGUUAGUAAACAGUGCACUCUGUGUGUGUGUGUGUGUGUAGGGGGAGGUGUGUGAGGUGUGUAUGUCGCACUGAAGUCCUCUUGUCUCUUACUAGCUGUAUAUCGUGCUUUUCAGAAGAAAAAAAAAAAAACACAUCAUCCGAGAAUCAACAUUAAUAAAAAAAUCUAUAAAGUUCUGGCUGUCGCUUUUAUUUUUUUUGUUUUUUAAAUAGCUCCAAAUAAAAGUGAUCUAUUUAUUUAAAAUACUUUUUGAUCCAAAUCCAAUCCUGUGGAUAAGGAUUAUAUUUAACAAAGCCUGCUAUAAUAAUAAUAAUAAUAAUAAUAAUAAUGGUGAUAAACACUAUAAAUAAAAAGUAAGAACAGAAGUUAGUGUUUCAAACUGCUGUAGGAUCUGCAUUCAAUUAGAAUAGUUUUAAAAGGUUAUGCUUUUUGUGUACCAUCAAUUGCAAAAGUGUUGACCCCCUCCCCCUAGUUUUCACCUACUAUUCCACGAUGUGACGUAAUGAAACGUAACGUAAUGAAACGUGGGUGUAACCUGGAAAAAUUCUGAAAAUAAGUCAAAACAUUCAGGGUCCAGGAUCCAGAAGGAUAUUAUCCAGAGGAUAUGAAAAAAGACUGGAGGCAGUCUGAAAGAAAGACAGAGCGAGAGAAUGAAAAAGAGAAGGUAUUUAGAGGAUAUUAAAACAAAUUGAUAUAAAAUUUCAAAAAAAAAAAAAAAAGUUAAUGGCCAUUUGAAGGAAUGAAGAAAUAAAGAAUAAUAAUAAAAAAAUUCACUCACAAAAUAUUUUUGAUUUUUUUUUUUUUUAAAAAAGAGCAAUAACAAAAAAGAAAAAUUAGAAAGAAAAAAAAAACAGGAAAGUGGAAAAAAAACAAAAAAAAUGACGUUUUGCUUUAUUUGUAUUUUCUUCAUUUCUUUUUUUUAGAAAAAAAGAAGGAAUGAAAGAAAAAGAAAAGAGCAAGGCCUAAAGGGAAAAAAGAAGAGCAAAAGAAAGAAAAAAAGUGAAAAAAAGAAAUACAAGACCGAAGGAAAAAAGGAAACAAAAUUAAAGAGAAAGAGAGCUUUGUUUUGCUUUCAUUUAAAAAGUUCUGGGGGGUUUUUCAUUAAAUUUUUUGUUGCUUUUAACAAUAAAGGAAUAAAGCUCAGAACAUUAAGUUCUUCAUUUUGUCUCAGGGUGCACAAACUUUUGCACUCACACGCAUGUAAGUACACAACUCUCCUUAUUUUUCCACACUGACUCGCCUUCCCAUGAAAAGUGACUUUGUUUGAGCCCAUCCCCGUCUCUGAUUGGCCGGUUUGCUGAGUGGGCGGAGCUCGGUGUUCUGGCUCCUUCUCGCUCCAGCUGUUUUUGUUCAGUCUGUUUUUUUUUUCUUCUGGAGAUCCAUGAUGAAGAUCACGCUGGUGAGCAUCACCGUGACCAUCGCGCUCCUGCUGGAGGUCCACGCUGACGUCCUGCCGCAGAAGAACUUUGACCUGAAGAGGUUCGCAGGUCGCUGGUACCGCGUGGGUCUGGCGUAUAACUCGCCCGGCUUCGCCCGGCACAGAAACAAGCUGACCAUCUGUAUGGGCGUGGUGGAACCGAAGGAGAACGGAGACGUCAUGAUGACCGUGUGGAAAACGAAGUCCUCCAUCUGCCAGAAAGAAGUCUACAAAUAUGAGAAGACGGCCGUACCUGGCGUGUUCACGUACUUCAGCACACGACACAGCCGCGUGAAGGACAUCACUGUGGUGGAAACCAACUACGGCGAGUUCGCUGUGAUUUAUAAACACAGGAAGUUUAACCGGGAAUUCUCUCAGGUGUCCCUGUACAGUCGUAGUCAGAAGUUGAGACCAGAAGUGAUUGAGAAGUUUAAAAAAUACGCCACGCAGCACGGCUUCCCUGAAGAGUCCAUUGUAAUUCCACCACCAGCAGAUAACUGCCCCCUCGCACGCCACUAAAGUGGUGUUGGAUUACAGCACAGCGCGAGUGUGAUGCAGCUCAGACAGGACGUUCUCUACAGAGCCCAGCUACUGAACUGGAUCUCAAGGCUCCAUCAGGAGAACCUACUUCUGUAUCUUAAUCAACUGUUAAUGUUAAUCUGUAAUAAAGCUGUAAGGUCCACUCGCUGAUCCAUCUCACGAUCAUAAACUAGUCAGUCUCGGCCAUUAGA